AAAAGGGGCGUAUCUCCUAACUCAGGUGAGGGGCGUAUCUCAUCUCAAAACAAAGCUUUGUGUGGUGCUAUAUAUAUAUCUGAAAGCUGAAGUAACUCUGCCGAUCAGGCUAUAAUCUUGCAGCUACUAGUCCCUGGCCGCCCCAGGGCAGGUCAGGAAGGUCAGGACAAUGGCAACAAGUCAUGACCCGGGUAGGCAACUCUAUCAGGCUUCUCAUGAUGGUCGUGUGGACGAGGUGGAGAGGCUGCUGGCUAGAGGAGCUCCUGUAGACUCGAGGAACUGGUUUGGAUACACCGCUCUCCAUGUAGCAAACCACCCUGAUAUAGUGAAGAUACUCACACAGCAAGAUGGCAUCGAUAUCAAUGUACAGGCUAAUAAUGCUAAGAACACUCCCCUGCACACAGCCUGCUACAAGGGACACCUGAAGUGUGUCCAGUUACUGAUGGCAACUGGACAGUGUGACCUAGGAGCUGUGAACCAUGUUGGACUAACUCCACUGGGACUGGCAGUCAGAUGGGGGAGGCUGGACACUAUCAAGUACCUCAUCACAGAGUGCAAUGUGAAUAUCAAUAAUGUUCUUCUACUUGCCUGCCAGUAUGGGGUUACCAAAAUCGUGGAAUAUCUUUUGAAUGACGUUGUUGGCUGUGAUCCCAAUAUCAAAGAUGACGAUGGACACACACCACUCUUUCUUGCAGGGAACAAGGGCGUUAUUCUACUCUUGCUGCAACACGGAGCUACUGCUGAAAAUGCAUAUUCCCAGCAUCGCAAAGCUCUUGGUAAAGUGUUUUCAAAGGAUCCUUUGAAAAAUCCAGUGAAGAUACUUGUUAUCGGUCAUGGUGGAGAAGGAAAGAGCACUCUCAUUGAAGCAAUGGAACACGAGCCAACUGCACUCACAUCUCUAGUCAACAUCUUCGUCUCUCCUAAAGAAGUCGAUGGAGUCAGCCAGAAAACAGCCGGAAUCAUCCCUCGAUUAUUCAAGAGCCGUGUCUUUGGAGAUGUGUUGGUCUAUGACUUUGCUGGUCAAGAGGUCUACUACAGCAGUCACGCUGCCAUUAUCAAGACAGCAGUUGAUGCAUGUCGGCCCAUUAUUGUACUAGUCCUAGGGCUCCAUAAAGAUGACGCCUUCACCACUCACUCUGCCUCCUAUUGGUUGGGCAUCAUUGCCAACCAGUGUGCCAAUAUGGAGGGCAAAGCUCCACUCAUUGUGGUAGGUAGCUAUGCUGAUUGCUUAACCGAUAAACGGAAGAUUGCCAAGAAAGAAGAGAUUGUUUUGCAAGCUGUUUCGAGAUAUCCGACCCUGGAUCUGCUAAAGUUCAUUCCCAUGGAUAAUCGCUACUCCAACUCUAGUGGCAUGAAGAUAUUGCGCGCCACUGUCGGCCCUGCUUGCACCAGCAUUCGAUCAACGUUGGCUGUUUCUUUAAAUGCACACAUGUUUCUGAUUUACCUUGUUGGCAAGGAUGAGAUUGCGUUAUCACUGGAGCAAGUUCAGCAACAAAUAAAAGAGGAAUCCAGUCAAGCCCUCUCCAAGAAGCACAAAGAAGUUGUACCAUUCAUUCCGACAACCAUUCCUCUUCUGGUUGAUAUCUGUGUUCAGCUCAAUGACAAAGGUCACAUCCUCUUCCUAAACAACACCAGCUCACCAGAGAAGAGCUUCAUUGUCAUCAAGAAAGAAGAGCUCAUGGGUAAAGUCAAUGGUUCCAUAUUUGCUCCAGAAGAUUUUGAUCAGCACUGUCAACUCUCCACAAGCACUGGUGUUGUACCGUGCUCCAAGCUGGCUGCUCACUUGCCUAACUUGGACACUAACAUGCUCACUGGAUUUUUGGUUAAUCUCGAGUUUGCUGUGCCCAUUGAAGACCCGGAAGUCCUCCGUCUUAUCAAUCAGCAUCGAACAGACGCUGGUGAGUCCAUAUCACCUGAAGAGAAAUAUCUCUUCUGUCCCGCCCUCAUCCGGUUAGAAGUUGACACGAAAGUGUUCAAGCAUCGCGAUGACCUUGCUUAUCAUUUUGGUUGGGUGAUGUCAUGCUCUCACAAGGACCAGUUUCUGGAUGCUCGAUUUCUACAUGUCCUUUUGCUUCGAAUAUCUCUUUCUUUGAAGCUUGCUCCAGUGAUAGAUCCUGACAUCCCAUCUCUACAACGCAAAUGUUCAGUCUGGAAGACUGGUGUUUGCUGGGGCACUGCUGACGGUAUCAAAGUUUUGGUGGAGGUCAUGAACAAGAAGAAAGUGGUUGUUUUGAUUCAAGCUCACCAUCUCUCACUGCAUUUAGAUCUAUUCAAGCUGCGCUCUACUGUAAUGAAGAAAGUUGUUGACAUCUCCACUGAGUUAUGCUCUACUGUAGUCACUGAGGAGGCCCUCCUUCCUCCUCACAGUGUGACCUACCCUCUGGAAGAUACACACGUCUUUGAUCUCAAGUCCCUUGCUGAAAGUGUAAUCAACCAAAAUUUGUUUGUUGUAUCUACUAACAACGUAGACAACAUUCCAUUGAGUGAUCUGCUCAAAUCUGAAGUGUACGCUGAUCUCGGUGAGAAUAUUCUACAGCUUCUGUUCAAUCCAGCACACAAGGAACUGUCUGAUCAAUUCAUCUUGGCCGUUGCAACUUGUUGGAACAAGAAUCCUCGAUUGGCUGAUAUCGUACGCACAGCUAUUACUGAGAAUGCCAGCGCUGUAUUUCAAGAGUGCAAUAAUCUCAAUGAUGUUCUAAAAGUCUGGAAAAGCACCAAAGAUUCUAGUUUUGAAGCAUUGAGAAGAAUUCUGGAUCCACUUAGUGUGUUUGCUGGACGAAACCCUCUCGAACUGGCUGGUGUUGCUGCUAAGGAGACUAGUGAUGAUCUACUACCAGCCCCCAGACCAACACCAAACUGUCUAGGUACAGGACCAGCUGCUAGUCGAGUCACUCUCCAAAAUCUAGUGAGCAGAUACAGUCUGACUGACGAGCAGCUCAAUAGUGAAAUAGGGGACUCUGAUAUUCCCUACCUGGCCGAAUAUUUUGAUGGUGUAAAGAUCUAUUCGAGUGCAAUGGGACUGACUCCUGCACAACAGGCCGAUGUGAAUAGGUUGUACUGUUAUGAAGGAACUCAAGUAGCCAUGACUGAAUGCUUGAUUCUCUGGAAAAGACACGAUCCUUUCGCAGCAACUCACAAAGCUCUACUGGAGUUGUUACUGGGACUGAGAAAAGACAAGAUAGCUAAUGAUAUCUGUCAGCACUUGACUCAAUGAGGUAUCACUGUCUAAUGACAUUGUCACGUGUGGAGAGGUGUACAGGAACACUUGCUCAAGUAACUCUGUGUAGAAUGUUUGAUACUCACAAUUUAUUUAGUUUGCAAAUAGCUUCAUAAAAUUAAUAAUUAUAGAAUAAUUAUAGUAUUUUUAUUGUGUUUAUUGUGUCUCAUAAAAAUCAAGUUUUUAUAAUUAUUUUCUAAGCAUGCACUUGGUAUUUAUAAUCAAUACACAAUUUUUGUAGUUCAUUUAAAUUUAACAAUUGACAUUAUAAUCAAAGUAAUGGUUGACCACGA